AUGCACCAGAUCGGAAACUCCAUCAAAUUGCUCACCGGCAACGCUCACCCCAAGCUUGCCGAAGCUGUGGCUGCCAGACUCGGUAUUCCCCUCACCCCUUGCCACGUCUCCAAGUUCCUCUCCCUCGAAACCAGUGUCCAGAUCCACUCUUCCGUGCGAGAUGAAGACGUCUUCAUCAUCCAGUCCCCCUCGCCUCCUGAUGUGAACGACCACCUGAUGGAGCUGCUUAUCAUGAUAUCUGCGUGCAAGACGGCGAGUGCCAAGAGGAUCACAGCUGUCAUCCCUUGCUACCCCUAUGCCAGGCAGGACAAGAAGGACAAGUCCCGAGCUCCCAUCACUGCCAAGCUUGUCGCCAACCUCCUUGCCGUCGCUGGUGCCGACCAUGUCAUCACCAUGGACCUCCACGCUUCCCAGAUCCAGGGUUUCUUUGACAUCCCCGUCGAUAACCUGUUCUCCGAGCCAACGAUGAUGCAAUAUAUCAAGGCAGAGAUCCCAGAGUGGAGGGACGCUAUCAUUGUGUCUCCGGAUGCGGGUGGUGCCAAGAGAGCGACUGCUCUGGCGGACCAGCUCAAUCUGGAUUUCGCCCUCAUCAACCGUAAACGUCGGCGCGACAUGGCCGCCUCCCUCUGUCUCCCUACCGUCCCCCCUACCCCAGUCGGCUCCGCCCCAAACUCUUCCGCUUCGUCUUCUUCCGAUGGAGAGUACUUUAAUGAUGCGGAUGACCAGAGCGGUAUCGUGGAGAAGAUGGAACUGCUGGUCGGCGAUGUGAGGGGGAAGGUGGCGAUCUUGAUUGAUGACAUGGUCGACACGGGACACACCGUUCGUCUUGCUGCUGGUGUGUUGAGGGAUAACGGUGCCAAGGAGGUUUACGCCUUGAUCUCUCACGGUCUCCUCUCGGAAACAACAAUGGACAACCUCCGCGACCUCCCCGUCAAGAAGCUCGUCGUCACCAACUCAAUCGAUCAAUCGUCCCGUGUCGAGGCUUGCGACGGCUUGCUCGAAGCGCUGGAUAUUGCGCCAGUGAUUGCGGAGAGUAUCAGGAGAACGCAUAACGGAGAGAGUAUCUCGGCGUUGUUUAGGCCGAAUGAUGUCUUUGAUUUCUAA